AUGUCGCGCUCUUCCGCAGGCUUCGCAGACUUCUUUCCCACCGCCCCAUCGGUCAUCCAGCAGAAACGAUAUCAAGCCACUCGAGAACGACAGCGGUCGAGACCUCAUCUCAGCAGGGAGCAUGCCGACGAGGAACAGAUUGUCACCGGAUCCCGGACCUCUGGGGAAACUGUCAACGGCAAUAGCCCUCAGAAUCUUGGACAAGAACUCCGGUCAGACCUGAACAAGUCGCGCAAGGAAGUCGCGGAAGACGGUUCCGCGAGCCAUGGAGAGGCGAACACUCCGGCGAACAACACAUCGGGACCCGGAACAGGUUCAUCGAAUGAUACCCGCCUGGAUACUCUUACGCCGCUCACAAACACGGAGUCAUCCCCGCAGAACAAUCCGAGCCCGUCUCAAGCGAAGGCGCCGAACGGAGAUGAACCUGAUGGGUUUAGACAAGCAAGAGCAAAUGUCUCAAACAGCACCAUGACACCGCUUCAUACGCCGCCAACACCAACAACGCAUUCACUGAGUCAGCGUGUUGCAAUCGUCAAGGGCAGCAAGUUGGUACAUGACCCUGAUAGAGCCCCGUCCAAGGAUAAACGAAAGAGGCCUUGCUACGUGGAUAUUGUUAGUGAUGAACAAGAAGGACGUUUGUCCGACCCUCGAUUGAGCAUACAAAAUUAUACUCGCGGUGCUGGAUGCCGACAGAAGACGAAGUACCGACCCGCUCCGUACGUCCUAAGGCACUGGCCCUACGACCCUGCCAGCACGGUAGGACCGGGGCCUCCCGUGCAAAUUGUUGUUACCGGUUUCGACCCAUUGACGCCUCUCGCACCGAUAAGUACGCUCUUUUCGAGUUUUGGCGAGAUAGCAGAGAUCAAUAACCGAACGGAUCCCGACACGGGCAGAUUCCUGGGCAUAUGCUCCGUCAAAUAUAAGGACAGCGCAUCGUUUCACGGUAGCGGUCCUGUUUCCGCGUCGUUGGCAGCGAAGAAUGCAUUUCAUGAAUGCAAAAAGGGGCAGCGUAUUGGCAACAAUCGCAUCAAGGUUGAGUAUGAUCGCGAUGGGCAGACUUCGGAAAAACUAGCUUCGAGGGCUAUUGCAGCUCAAAGAAUUGAUUCGAAGAUUGAUAUGCCCGUGGUGGGUGAGCCUAAAUCAGAGGCACAGGUGAACAAAAAUGAACCACCCCCGACAGCUCCAAAAGGGCCCUCUGGAAGAUCCUUCAUGCGCCCUUCGGCUGUCAUCCCUGAAGGACCUAGGGCAAGCUUUCAGAAACCGGCAAUACCAUCAUUGAUUGAAGAAACUCCCAUACUAAACCAGAUAAAGCGUGAUCCCUAUAUCUUCAUCGCACAUUGUUAUGUACCUGUUCUAAGCUCGACUCUGCCGCACUUAAAAAAGCGAUUAAAGGCGUUCAACUGGAAAGAUAUUCGAUGCGACAGAACCGGAUACUAUAUCAUAUUUGAGAACUCUCGGCGCGGUGAAGAGGAAACUGAACGCUGUUACAAGUUCUGCCAUAUGAAACUUUUAUUCACGUAUAUCAUGAAUAUGGAAAGCCAACCGUACGGCAAUCCGCAUUACGAGCGCAGCCCCAGUCCCGAGCGCAUGAAGCAAGAACAACGGCAAAAAGCGGAAACUGAACGAUUGAAGAAAGAGGCAGAGUUGGACAUUGAAGAAGAAAAGAAACAGCGAGCCCUGGAUUUGGAUCCCUGCACUGAAGUUUUGGCGAUCGUAAUAAAGGAUCUAAGGGACAAACUGCUCGAAGACGUUAAGUCACGCAUUGCUGCCCCCGCUCUGUAUGAUUAUCUCGACCCAGAACGGCAUGCAUCAAGGAGGAAACAACUGGGGAUACCUGAUCCUGAAGGCAUUAAACGUCCUAUGUUCCGCCUUGAUUUUGACAGCCGUGAUAGUACACCCGACCCACAUGCAAAAUUCUUGAAUAAACGGCACCCUUCAGGCGUAUCUGGUCUGAAUAUACUCUCUGCCCUUCCAAGGAUUAGGAAAGCUCAUCGCCUCGACCGUACGGACGUCGCUUUCUUAGACGAGAGGCGCAAGCAACCGCUACGGAGAAGAAAUGUCCGACCACUUUACCAUCGAUUACAGCAGCUACAUGAUGCAGAAGACUCUGAUGAAGAGCAGCAUACUCCACUUUCCCGAGACACCGAUGAUCAGGACAGUCGUCCUCCCAGUCGAAUUGGCUCAGAAACCGAAUCUGAGGAUGCGGAUGAAGAUGCAGCCGAAGCAUUGGAUAAUUCAACAGAAAGGCUCGAUAAUGAAGACCGACAUUCCGAGAUAGGCGACUUGGAGGCUGCAGUACAAGACUACUCUCCGUCGCGGAAGAGGAAAAGAACCAGUGAAAGUCCCAGCCACCGCAAGAAACAAAAGGAAUCUGAUGAUUUCUCUGCUGUGGGCGAGGGAACUCGGACGGAUGACAUUCCUCAGGUUUUGGAUGGAGUUCACAAGGGCACCGUUUCUCAGGGAUUAUCUGACUCGGCUGACGAGUCAUCACGCCUUGACCACAACAAGGUAUUGCUUGAAGAACUAGUUGAAGACAUAAAAACCACGCACUCAGAAGAGCCUGGCAUCAAAACCCAUCAUGUUCAAGUUAGACAAUCAGCGGAAAAUAUGGUCGAGGGGGCCGAAUAUGGCGAGGCGGCCCGGCACGAGGUUGAAUGGAGAGUAUCAAAUGAUGAGCCACGGCCGAUUGUGGACGAUGAUGAUUCUGUUGUCAUGGAUCUUGACGGAUGGCAAGACGUCGUGAAGGACGAGGAAGAUUUACAGUUCCUUCGCAAUAUCCUGGAAAAGCAGCCGAUGUCUGUGAUUGGAAACCUAUCAGCUUGGGCAUGGAGACAGAAGGAAAUCAAGGCUCUCAAUCGCCCCGGCGAUGUAGGGCCAACGCGCCAGGCUGCAAGCAUCGAAGGUUAUUAUGUUCCUAAUAUUACAGGAGCUGCUCGAACCGAAGGCAGAAAGAGGAUUCUCGAAUCGGAAAAAUCAAAAUAUCUACCCCAUCGCAUUAAGGUCCAGAAGGCUCGCGAGGAACGCGAGGCGAAGGCCAAGAGCGAUCCACAGAAUGCAGCUGCCGAGGCGGCUCGAAUCGCAGCAGCAAAGACAAUAUCAAAGUCAACAUCUCGUUCGACAAGGGUGAAUAACCGCAGACUGAUUGCUGACAUCAAUGCUCAAAAGCAAGCUCUACCAUCGCAGGGUGGCGAUAGCGAUGUUCUUCGAUUUAACCAAUUGAAAAAACGGAAAAAGCCUGUGCGUUUUGCACGAUCAGCUAUUCAUAAUUGGGGGCUCUAUGCUGAAGUCAAUAUAUCUGCAAACGAAAUGAUCAUCGAAUAUGUGGGGGAGAAGGUACGGCAGCAGGUUGCCGAUAUGAGGGAGCGACGAUACCUAAAGAGCGGCAUUGGCAGUAGCUAUCUCUUUCGAAUUGAUGAGAACACAGUCAUUGAUGCCACAAAGAGAGGCGGUAUUGCUAGAUUUAUCAACCACAGCUGCACACCAAACUGCACAGCGAAGAUCAUCAAGGUUGAUGGAAGCAAACGAAUAGUUAUUUAUGCAUUGAGGGAUAUCGAAAGGGAUGAAGAAUUAACUUACGACUACAAAUUCGAGAGGGAAUGGGACAGCGAUGACAGAAUACCAUGCCUUUGCGGCUCGGCCGGAUGUAAAGGCUUUCUGAAUUAGAUUUCUUGACUCAAGAAACAGCGAGCACACUCCUUUCGUUCGAACGUUUAUCAUUGAUUUUUAUUCUAACGACAUGGGGCCUUUUUAUAGGCUUGUUUCACGGCAAAGGUAUAGGCCCGGGGCAGCGUUGUGCAUGUUACAUUGAGGCGUUCCGGAUGAGUCUGCAAUUGUUGGUUGCAAUUGGUUCUCCUUAUCUUCCACCCUGAGACAAUGGUGUGACACGGAUUAUGUAUAACUUGCAAGUGCUGUAUCAUAUGAGAUCUCCCGCUUCAUUU